UGCAAAGUGUGGAAAAUUUAAAUUAAAUGUGGGAAUUUACACUGAUUUAUCCUGCAAAUGGACGCCUCCAUCUUAGCUCCCCGUCAAUCAUUGUUACAAUGUCUGCUCCUUGCACCUGGCAGUCAGCAUCGGGAAAGCAUACAGAGAAGAGAAGAAUUGCAUUGUGUUAUCCUUUGUAAAAUCUUUCAUCUAAAUCUGAAAUAAAAUGGAACUUUACAGCGUCAGCUGAGCGCUCUCAGCCAAUGAGCAUGGUGAUUAUGCAGUCAGGCUUCGCUCAGUGGCAAUAGCUUCCACCAGCAGUAGGGGAAGGUGGUGGCAGGGACCUGGCAAGAUCCAGGUAAGUUGGCAAACUAUUCUUAAAUGGUAUGAUUACUUGCUUCACAAGGGUGCCAUGGCACGCUUGGCACCAUAACCACUACAGGGUAAAAACCUGCCUGGAAAAACAUAAAUGGGGCAGCUGUCUGUCAGAGUGUGCUUGUAAGUAUGUCUGUCAGUAAAUGUGUGUGUGUCAUUAUGGCUGUCUGUGUGUGUGUCAUUAUCUCCAUGUGUUUGUGUGUGUGUGAGUGUGCGCAUCUGUAUCAGUAUGUGUGUAUGCGUCAUUGAAUGUGUCAGCAUGUCUUUCAGUAUUUCUGUGUGUGUUAGUAUAUGUCUGUCUAUAUAAAUAUGUCUGUCAGCGUAUAUCUGUGUGUGCCAGCACAUCUAUCACUAUAUGUGACUGUAUCUGUGUGUGUAUGUGUCAGUGUGUAUAUAUGUAUGUGUAUCUGUGUACCUGCAAGUGUAUGUGUGUAUGUGUAUCUGCAUGUAUCAUGAUGUGUAUCUGUGUGUCUGUAUGUUAUGUUAUCAGUAUGUGUAUCUGUGUGUGUGUUAGGGAUCGACCGAUUAUCGGUUUUACCGAUAUUAUCGGCCGAUAUUCGGUAUUUUUGGCAAUAUUGGUAUCGGCUAAUAUAGAUACCGAUAUUGCCGACAAUACAUACCAUGACCGCCGGGCUCAUUACAAGCCCAGUUGUCCUGGGGGCUGCAUCUUCCCAGCAGCCAUUCAGCUCCACUGUGUAAAUCUCGCGAGUCUCUCGGCCGCCAGAGCAUUGCCACGGGUUAUAAUGGCAAUUGAGAUUUACACAGGGAGCUGAGAGCUGCUGCCGGCCCCCCACUACUCAGCCAAUGCCAUAGCCCCUUACCAGGCAAGAUAACAAGCAGGGAGGGGGGACAAAAAAUAAUAAUAAUAAAACCUAUAAAUGUUAAAUAUUAAAAAUAAAAUUAAAAUUAAAAAAUGCCCCCCCCCCCUCCCGCCCAUUGUGCACAAAUUACAUCCCUUCACAAGCAUACACACUAUACAAAACAUCAACACUACAUACCAAUAAACUUCUGAGUUAAAUUUCAAAAUUAUAUAUAAACACACCCCUGCAUUCAUGCUUGCAUUCAAACGCAAACACCACGUACAAACACAUCCCUACAUUUACACCAACAUACUCCAUAUAAAGACAAUCAUACAUUCAAACACACAAACACUGCCCAGUGCUAAAUACAAACCUGCAAACAUGGGUAAAUGGUAGAUCACCAGCUGUCAGUGCAUUGUUGGAGUUACACGACAGGUGGUGAUCGAUCUUUUAUGUCACCCUUGCAAUAGGGGGGCGCAAAAAAGAAUCUUGCACCUCUUUACUUUAGUUUCACCACUGCAUUUGGUCGGAUGGCUUGAUUGCAUGCAAAGGAGGAGGGGGACACGGUCCAGGGGGCCUAAGCAAAUGCUUUGCCCAGGGUUUAUCAAUAAUAAAGACAGUCCUACAGCUUAGUCACACUACAAUAAAUGACCGGCAGAAGGGGAGCACUGUCCCUCCCCCAGGCCAGUGCACCCUAGGCAGCUGCCUACUUAGACUGGUCGACCGAUGUGGUUUUGUUUGAUAUAAAAACGGUUUGCGGACUGCUUUUGCAAUAUUGCCAAAUUAUCCUGGCAUUAACAUGCAUUACACAGCUAAAAGGCAAUUUCUUUUCAGUAAAAAUUCCGGGCUCACGCACACAUACAUUUCUGAUAAACUGGUCACUUCAGAGAAAACUUGGACGCCCCUGCUCUAUGUGUUGACAACACAACACCACCUAGUGGGGGUUAUUUAGUAUUACAUCUACUUUUUAUAUCAGACCUGAUGUAUAGUUCAAACAUGGAGGUCUGAUUUUUCUUUCUAAUAUUACUUCCUUCAUUAUACUUGCCAGUGGAGGCUUGUCCAUAGGGGCACUUGGGCAGCAACCUACCAGUUUUUAUGUGGGGAAAAAUAACAUUUUAAUAGUUUAGAAACACAAAGAUUAUUUUUUUUUCUGAAGGGUAGGGUGGUAAGCCGAAAAAUAUGGGAAGAAUGGUAUAGUAUGCUAAUGUAGUGUAUUUAUAAUCUUAAUUUUAGUAAUGACAGGAGGCGAGUAUUUUGCAUUGACUUUCUUUACUUUAAACUCCAGCAGCAAACAGGUCAAUCAAAACAACCAGUCAUCACAUCUAUAAGUAAAGACAGCGCCCAUUUUUUCCUCUUUCUUUGAUGUGAGCGUAGCUAAUCCAUUCAACAGGAACAGAAAGCGUAGAACAUGAACCGAUAAGUAAGGAAUAAUUGACGACAGGCCGUUGAAUUAUUAGAAAAAUAAUGUACGCUCGAGGUGGUAAUGCGGUCACGACGCAAAGCGGGGUCCCCUAGCUUGGGUGGAAAAUUCAGAUGGCACUUGAGAUAACAACUUAGAGAUUGCUCUCUCCAUAGAUGCUGAUACAGUGGCGUUAAUCAUCGCUUGUAGCAUUUGGCUGUGUUGUGGGGAAUCCGACAUGGUGAUAUGUAAAUUGUCCUGUGGAGUAGAGGACAUAUGUGUUAGCCCACUUGCCUAUUCAAGGCCUGGUGGGUAGACCCCUUGCUCAGUGCAAUCGGGGGUAGCCUGGUAUGUGGGUGGAUAUUCCUUUAAAUCACCACCAUGCAGGUAUGAGGGCUCAAAUAUAACGCCGGUCGUGUGGGCGGCUGGUACAUAAGGGAGCAGAACCCUUGUAAGUAGGGGGAAGUGGUGAAAACCUCCAAUAGCCAGAGGAAAAAUCCCAAAGUCCCCACUCAAUUGGGGAGGUACCGUUAGAACGUGGGUUUGGUUGUAUUGUGACCUCACAUAGACAAUCCUUGAUGGUAUCUGUACCGCUAGUAGGGGUGCACUUCCUAGUUCGUUGUGCAGGUCCCCUAAAAAUAAGAUAUAUCUAUCUAUCUAUCUAUCUAUCAGGAGGCUCACCCCUGCGUAUGCAGGCUGCACACCAGGCAUAUUAUGUACAUAAACAGUUAUAGUUGUACAGGUAAUUGUUCCACAGAUAGAUAUCAUAAAAUAUCCUGACACGUGACUCAAGUCAUGUAAACAUCAUAUAUAAGUGGGAAUAUGAUCACCUUGUCUGAAAUCCUUGUCAUGUAAAUUCUGUUAUCGCUGGCAAAUGCAGUGUCUUGUAGUUGGUAAAAAUCUGUUGAAGGCCGUCACCGGGUAUCUGCAAUGGAAAAUCAAAAUGGCCACUGUGUAUCUCGUGAUCUUGCGAGAUCCGAGAUGGCCGCCACACGUGAGGACCCGGCCGAAAGAACUCCGGUGGGCCCUGGAAAGGCCUGGUAUAACCACCCUGCUAGCCCCAGUCUCAGUAGAUGGAACACACAUAUAUAUUUGGGCUAAGCCUUCCCGUGCGCCGCAGCACGCCACAGUCGGGUCUUACAGGGAAUAGAGUCAGCAGACUGAAGGUGAAGACUCACGGAGACCGUAUAUCUGAGGGCUAAUCAGGAUAGAAGCUGUGACUCUGCAGGAGCAGCAAAGAAAGAGGAAAAGUUGGGGGCUGUCCUUACUUAUAUAUGUGAUGACUGGUUGUUUUAAAUGGUUAAACUUUUUUUGAUUGACCUGUUUGCUGCUGGAGUUUAAAGUAAAAAAAGUCAAUGUAAAAUAUGAAGCCUCCUGUCAUGUGGUAAAAUUAGUGUCUCUUUACUUCUGUAAUAGGUUUUAAUUCUUCAGGGUCGUCAUCCUCCCACCCCCGCAUUGGUAGCUGUUUGGAGAAGUUUUCUUUAGAGCAUCUAAUCAUGUCUAAAAAUUGGGUCUGGAUUGAAAUCUGCCCUGUUUCAGCUAGUUUUGCACAUGCCUAGUGUCCUAAAGAAGGAAUUUCCAUUGAGUUACCAUUCGGGUAGCAGAGUAGCUGACAUGUUUCAUAACAGCAGAAAUAUUUAAUAGAAAGCUAAAGUUAUAGCAGGAGCUAUACUGGUGAAAAUAACAUCAUUUAAGAUAGGUCUAGGAAGUUAGAGUGUGAGCUGGAGUGUUAUAUAGAGACACGUACUGUGUGGGUAUCUCUUUAUUGCAGCUCUGUGUAAUCCAUCACAGUGAUCCUGGCUGUGUGGGUUAGUUAUGGUAUCUCCUUAUUGUGUCCAACUUAUUGUGUUAUAUUUCUCUGUAUUUCACUCAGCUUUACCUGUUGUAUGGGUAUCUCUUUAGCCUAUCCAGCUCUGUGUAUUGUAUAUGUAUAUUUGUAUUGUGACAAUCUUUUGUUUAUUAUAUUUCAAUUUCUUUCAGCUCUCUAUAUUUUUUUUUUUUUUCAGAUAUCUUUAUGUUUGUGCCAUUCUGUUUUAUUAUAUGAGCAUCUCUGUAUUAUGCUCCACUCUCUUGCUCACGGUGCCUAAAGAGAUAUCAGCUAUGCCUCACUGACGAUGCCUAACAAGGUUGAAACGAUCGUCUGAGGUUGCUGUGUCUCUCGUGCAGAGGGAACUUUGGAUCUGGACUGCCCAUACGGGUGGGACCAGUCUGAAAUGUUCUCUCUGUAAUGGCUAAAACCAGCUUGACAUCUGAGCGGGCACCCACCGAAGGGCAGGCUGAUUGAGCUGUUGUCCGUUCUCACCUCUCUUUCUACUUGUUUUUUCUCCACUCUCUGUAUUUGAGUAUCGGUGUACUGUAUAGGGGGAGGUGUCACCAUCUUAAAACUGCACCAGUUCCACUGGUUCCUACAAUGUUCUUUAAAGGUGCAGUAUGGAGAGGUAUCGGUGCGUUUGUAAAAUGCUGGAGGGAGGGGAAGUUUAAGAGGCAGAAUAUUGGACUAAAACUAAGAUUAGGAGACAACAGGAGCUACUUGUUCUUCUAUAUUUCUAAUUAAAAUAUGCUAUUACUGUUGACAGUCAGCAUGAAUACUUGAAAAGAUUGAUGAUUCGUAAGCUGAACUUUAAAUGAUGCUUUUAUUUUUUUCUUCUUUAUUUCUAAAUAAAAUAUAUGCCAAUGCAUUUCAUACUAAAAAAAAAAGUUCUUAUCUUCUGCUCUGUUAAUUUAACUUUUAUAACACACAAGAUGCUGCUGCAGGCUCUAGUAGGCAAUUAACAGAGUAGGAGGCAAGACAUUCCAAAUUAAACAAACUGUAAGGGGAGUUAAACAAUUUGAGCUCUUUUCAGGAUUGAAAGGUUUAGGGAGGGUGCGCCCAUCACAGCCAAGGGAGGUAUGGUUAGGGCUGCAUAAACAAAAGUGAUUAAAUAAGCACUAUAGGGUCAGGAACACAAACAUGUAUUCCUGAUCCUGACCUUAUUGUGUUAAAACCACCAUCAAGCCCCCUUGGUCCCCUCUUGGCUCACUAAAUAUAGUAAAACCUUUCUUGUAUUCAAGUCUACAGCUGCUGGCUCUGCCCCUGUCUGCCGAUAUCAUCAGAAGUGGUGUUCUGAGCCAAUCACAAUUUUUUGCAAUAGGAUUGGCUGAGCUUGUAAAGGAAGCAGAUCAGGGGCAGAGCCAGCACAAGCCAAACACAGCCCUGGCCAAUCAGCAUCUCCUCAUAUAGAUGAAUUGAAUCAAUGAUCUCUAUGAGGAAAGUUCAGUGUCUGCAUGCAGAGGGAGGAGACACUGAAUGGCAGUGCUGCAUACUAGGCAGCACUGCUCCAGGAAGCACGUCUAGCAGCCAUCUGAGGAGUGGCCAGUGGAGUUAUCACUAGGCUGUAAUGCAAGCAUGUCAAACUCGCAUGGGUCUAGUCUAGCAUGGGCCACGUAAACAAGGUUUAUGUGGGCUGCAAAAAAUAAUAAUUUUUCAUAGAAAUCUAGGUUUAUUUUGUACAAUAUAAAAAGUACAAUAUAAAAAAAAAAGAGCAUCCCACUCUACUAAACCACAGCAACCCCCCCCCGCCCCACUAAAUCCCAGUCGUCCCCCAUAUACUAAAUCCCAGUACCUCCCUCUAGCCGACAAGCAGACUCCAUUCACAUUGCCACUACUAGUAUGCGUCUCCGGAGUCCGGCCUCUGGUAUACCCCAAAUGGCGCCAUCCGCACCCUGUGCCAAACCUGAUCCUCCCGCUACUUUUUGAAACCCUGUGAAGUUGGAGCUCGUUGAUGUCAUGUCGGAAUGUGACGUGGCGUUGCGUGCCUUCAUGCACCUCCAGGUACUCCACUGUCGGGUCGCAGCCAAUGCAACACGGACCAACACAAACACACACACUGACAGACACACACACACACUGACAGACACACACUCUCAGACAGACACUCACUGACACAUACUCACUGACAGACACACAGUCACUCACUGACAGACACAUACACACACACACAUUUACACAUUCUUGCAUUCACAUCAUAUUUAUUGCUCCCUACCUUUGGGAGCCUACCUUUCUAUCUGUAGAUGUCCUUCCUGCUGCUCACUGCUCCCUCGCGCGCAGUUUAGUGAUGCUGGGUGCCGGAAUAUGAUGUCAGGAAGACUGAGCACCCUCGCUGCAUCCACUUUCCUCUCCUCCCCGGCCGGGUAACUUUUACCAGAGUAGGCACCUGCAAUUUGGAGAAAGCAGGUGCCUACUCUCCUUUAACACCAAGCAUGCACUCGCCGCUCGCUGGGCCGAAAGAUGUCCAUUGUGGGCAGCGAGUUUGACGUGCUUGCUGUAAUGUAAACACUGCAUUUUCUGUGAAAAUACAGUGGUUGCAGCAAAAAGCCUGAAGGGAAUGCUUCUACUCAACAGAACAAAUUCAAUAAGCUGUAAUUGUUCUGGUGACUAUAGUGUCCCUUUAACCCCUUAAGGACACAUGACAUGUGUGACAUGUCAUGAUACCCUAUUAUUCCAGAAGUUUGGUCCUUAAGGGGUUAAACUUCUAAAUAGAAAAAAAGUUAUCACACUUCAUGAUCUAUUAUCAUCAUGACCUUUGCGCCAAAGUACGUCAUUAGGACCAGCCCUGGAUGUAGAAUAAAAUAUGAGGGGUAUUACCCUUUGGCUUUUUACAAAUCAGUAUUUAGCUUCUGCCUAAAUCUUUAAUCGACUUUGGGCCUGAUACCAUAAAACGAUCCUAUUACAGUUGAUAUGCAUUCACACUGUACCCUCCUGAAUGUCUGUGAUAAUAGUGUCUGAUUGGUAGUGCUGUCAAAUCCAUUAUGUUUGGAGACUGGUUGCUUGGCCGAAAAUGGGCAAUUCCAUCUUAAAGGGGCACUAUAGUCACCAGAACCAAUACAGCUUAAUGUAGUGGUUCUAGUGUCUAUAGCCUGUCCCUGCAGGCUCAGCACUGUAAACGCUGCCUAUUCAGAGAAAUGGCAGUGUUUACAUUGCUGCCUAGUAACACCUCUAGUGGCAGUCACUCAGAUGGCCACUAGAUGUGCUUCCUAUCUCAGUUCUGCACAGUGUGCAGCACGUACGUUCAGCAUUGCUGAACGUUCCACAUAGAGAUGCAUUGAUUCAAUGUGCAAUAGCCUUCCAAUGCUUUUAUAUGGAAAAGCAUUGGAUUGGCUUUGAUCAUUAAGAUUGAUGAUCUCAGCCAUGGAGGUGGGGACAGCUGCGGAAAACUGGUGCGGUGAGGGAAAAAAAGGUAAGUUAAAUACCUUACUUUUCCAUUCUAAAGGGGAAUGGCAAAUGUAUUCCUAACACUAUAGUGUUCCUUUAAUACCUGGUAUAACACAUAGUGAUUGCAGACUCAUGUGGUUAUAAAACAGCAAUGUGCGUUUCUCUCUUUCUCACCAUGUCAGCUGAUUCUCUUUGUCUCUUGCAGAGUUGACGAUAGUGGUUCCAGGCAUACAUGGCGUCUGGCUGCAGUGAAUUGGAAGCUGCCAUUGAAGUUCUUGUGCGCAAUUUCUAUGUAUACGCAGCGCGCAAGGGGAAGUACGACAAGAUGAAUAAAAAGGAAUUUCGCAAGAUGGUCACGCAAGAGCUUCAGCACGUCCUUACGGUGAGAGUCUAACUACCCUUUUUAUUAUUAGAAUGGUUGCCACCAUUUAGUUCUUUAUAUUUGUUGUGCUGGAUAUAACAAAGACGCCUGCAAUGCCAUAACAUCAGAAGCAGACACAUGACAGACAUAAGAAAACAGAAAUUUGCCAUUUGACAAUAAGCACAUUUUUGUGAAAUUAAAAAAAGUGAGGGGAUACAUGGCAUAAUAAGAGUAAAUAAAAUGAUAUAGUAAAUAAAUGAUAUAGUAAAUACAAAUAAAUAAAAGGUGUUGGUCGCUUAAUUUCUAUCAAGAAUACGAUUAGCGAUAGUUUACAUGACGCUUAUAUAAUAACUAAUAGAGCGAAACGCUGACAGUAAAUCAGAAUAUUAGAAUUCUCAUGGGCUUAAUAACUCAUCAGUUGAGAUCGCACAUUGGCAGCACUAAAUAAAGAUAAAACAAAUAAAAAGAAAAAACUUCAGAACAUAAAAUAAACUGUGUUCAGAAGCAGAGUUACAAGAUUCUAUAGAUUCUAUAGUCGCAGCUUCCAGGCCUUGUUGCGGCAAUGUGCUCUCCUUUUGGAGCGUGUGUGGCGCUCCAAGUCUUCCCAGGGUCUGUUUUGCGUUGAUGAGUAGUUUAUCGUUUCCGCUAUAGAUUUUGGAUAGGGUGUGGGAUCUGUGCAGGGGACGAAGGACCCAACGUGCCCGCAGCCUGAAGAGUCAGUCUCACCCAUCCAGCACCAUCUUGUUGCACAGUUGAGGUCGAUGGGGACCUCCUAAUCCCCCGGAGCCUCUGACUCUGUAUGCUAGGCUGGAGCGGGAAAGGAUGUAGAGACAUAGCAGAAGCAGGUUUAGUAUCCAGUUUCAGCAAGAAGGAUCGGCGUAAACAGACACAUGCCUGCAGUAUAUCCCGCUCGGCAUCAGCAUGUGUGUCAGCCAUGUUGGGACUGUCUAGUAGGUGCUGUGGUACGUUAGUACCUUCAGGAAUUUGCCCCACGAGAGGCUGGAUCGGUCAGUGCAGACCAGGAUUAACCCACCGGUCCAAAGGUCGAACGGAGCCCAGACGGUAGCAAGGACAUCUCAGAACAAGGGACCGUCCGCUUCCUCCGGCUCAAGCCGCCCAGCAGGCCGCAGAGGAGUUCGCCACUGGUUUCACUCAAGAAAUGGACAAAUAAUAAGUCUUGAAUAAGGCAGAUUGAUUAGUAGUUGAGACAGAUCUAUUUCUUUUAGUAUAAUCUCCAACAAGUUGACUUUUAGGGCUAAAUUCCAUAGAUCGUUUGAGGAGCUCCGCCACUAUGCAAAUUUGUCCCUCGGCAACAAUAUUUUAUAUUGUUAUAGCUAUCUUAUGAUUAAAAUAUUUCAUAUUCAUAUGCAACAAUUUGCCUUGUAAUUUUAUCGAGUGUGGGCAAGAUAAGAUUGCAUCACAGGAGGUGGUGAUCAGAGAGAGGGAGAGGUGUGUUAGUGAGGUCAGCAAAAGAACAGAGGUUAGAGUAAAUAGGAUCUAAAGUGUUGCCAGUUUGAUGGAAUUGGACCACUGCAUGAGUCCCAAGAAGGCGAUCAUAGAGAAGACGUUAGAGGUUUCAGAUGCAGUCGGUGCAUUUGUAAAGAUGUUAGAAUCUCUAAGGAUAAUGAAGGAAAUGCCAGAGGACAGGAAGUGAGAGAGCCAGGCUGAGAAGUGUUCCAGGAUCUCAAAAGAGAGAAAGAGAGUAAAGGUGCAGCAAGGUGUGAGGAGACCUACACCACCACUUGCAGUCACUAGGUCUGGGAGUAUGCGAGAGUUGGAGGCUGCCAUAAGACAGGGAAUUAGAGGUAGCACAGUCACAGGGGUUCUGCCAAGUUUUAGUGAUGGGCAGAAGAUUGGGAGUUGCAGAUAAAGAAGUCAUGAAUGAAAGCUGAUUUGGCAAUGCUACAGUCAGAUCGAGCAUUCCAGAAGGCGCAGCAAAAAGAGGGAGCCAGUGGGAAUAUGUGCAAUGUUAGAAGGGUUUGUAUGGGGAAGAGAAGGGAGCAGGGCCAGGGUUUGGGUAGAUGUCAGCUGCCAGGAGCAAGGCAAAAGAAAGUGAUAGAAGGUGGGAGUGAGAUUUGAAAUUGCUGGAGGGUGAUUGAGGUCUAAAAGAGUGGGUGUUUAGGAGGGGUGAAUGUAGAAAAAAAGGAGAAAGGUGUAGAACAGGGGUAGUCAACCUGGUCCCUACCGCCCACUAGUGGGUGGUUUGAGAUUUUAGGUGGGCAGUGGUGGGUUCUGCAGAAAACACCCAGUGGGCCUCGAUGGCCUUGGACCAAGGCUGGCAGGAGCAAAGAUCUCCCUCACCGGCCCACUGGCACGGAGUUCUAGCAGAGGGAGAGAAGUGCAUGGGAGACUCUGUGAUCCUCCCGCAAGCAGACUGGUCAGAGCGUUGCGAUAGCAUGGCAACGCUCCGAUACAGUGCUGUGCUCACAGGAGGACAGGAGUGUCAACCUGCAGCAGGAGGAGCUGCAGGCUAAAGUAAACAUGCCACCACUGGACCACCACCGCUUGCAGCAUUGACCCCCCUUCCUUGGUGAAAGGAGUACCCUCACACACACAAACACAGCACCACUCACACAGUACACCUUUCACACACAGCAACCUUCACACAAACACAGCACCUCACAGACACACACAGAAAAUAGAAAAAAAGGGAAAAAAUUAGAUCAAUAUAAGUAUAUAUAUAUAUAUUUAUUUUUUUUUAAACCCUCCUUUCUAAAAAAAUAAAUCACACUUGCUCUAUAAAAUUAGUUACUGCGGCACUGGCGAGCGGUAAGUAAAUUUUACCAUCAACAGAGAUACAAAGGUGGGCGGUAGGUAUUAAAAGGUUGACUACCCCUGGUGUAGAGUAUGGGAUGCACAAGGGAAAUGCAAUGACAAAAGGGUUUUAUAAAACAGGGUGGCAGAGAAAUAAAAGAAUAGAGUGGAGAACAUUUUAGAAGAGAGGUGGAGGAGUAAAUGGAAAUCUGAUGAAUAGACUGUACUUAGAGAACCGGGAAACAGGAAGUGGGUGAGUAGAAAGAAAAAGGUGGCUGUAGAAUAGAUAAUACAGAAUCUAUACUUCCAUGUCAUAAAUGUCAGUUUUGUCCAACCUGGAUGACACUGAUUGGCCUAAAUCGCUGAGCUAACCCACCAGCAUGCUUACAGUGCACUCACAAAGUUAUUGCCAAAACUAUAUCAGAUUGGCUUAAACCCUUUGAAAAGUUAUAAAGAUCAGGUUAUGACGACCGUAAAGUGUCACAUUUAGUCUUUAAGGGACUAAAGACCCCCUUUAUAUUGUGUAUAAUGUAAUUACAUAAAUGAGUCUUUAUACUUAAGUCUACUAAGGUAAAAAUUGUAUUGCUUUCAUCGCUACUGUAUUAAUCCCAUGAUCUACCGUCAUCUUUAAAAGCUUCAAAUACUAAUUCCUACCCAGAAUUCUCAGCUGCAUAUUUGUCAUUGCACAAUGAAUACAUCUUUGGGUAAAGAGGUUUGUGACAUCUCUGGAAUGUGAAGGUGUGCACAAAUUGUUCUGCUGGCCUUAGUAGUCCGCAUUCAUCAUCCAGUUAGACACCUGUGGGAGGUGGAUGACAGUAAAUGUUAAGGUAGGUCAGUCAUAGCAUAGGCCAAGGUAUAUUUCUUUUAAAGAGACAAUACAGUCUAAUAGCAAAUUAUCUUCAACACAUCUUACUUAAAAUAUACACCACCAUUCCUCUUUUUCAACACAUCGACAAAUACACAGACUGACACUUAAAGGUGCAAUUCACUGCCCAAAUACAAAUUGUAAAAAAAAUAAAUUAAAUAAAAAAAUACAGUUCUAGUUUUUCCUCUUUUCUGAUACAUUGUCACACAUCAUGCUAAAUUCUUGGUUCUUUUACUGUGUUAAACAAACAAAAAACAAAAAAAACACAAAAUGCAUAAAACACUAUUUUGUAGAUAUAUAUAUACGCAAUGAAAACACGCAUGCCUUUAAUUAUGCAUUGUUAUGCAUUGUUUUAAUUGUGGGUAUAUUCUAGAUCUCUUGUGUGCAUCCUUUGCAAGCCAUUUCCUUCUUCAGCAGCCUAGACUUUCUGUGGCUGUCCAAUCACAGACAUUUCUUUAAUGAGCAGUCUUUGCAAGACACAUACUCUGGGCAAUUUCUACCUCUUGAGUUUAGUUCCACUGAGCUAAACUACUAGGAAGUAACAUGACCAGUUUUUUGAUUGACAGCCAUGGGGUGUAACAAGAUUAAAGGGACACUCCACUGACCAAAUAAAAAAAUAGAAAAGUCAAUGUUUAGUAGACUUGAGUCUAAAAACAGCUUGUAAAAAGCUGCAGAUCUCUUGGCUGAAGACUUUGCAAUCCCUCCCCUUCUAACCCAGUUUAGUUUGCUUGUCAUACGCUGUAUAUAGAAGCAAGCCUUCAAGGAGUAAAGUUGUUUAGCUUCCAUAGCAUUCAUUGUAUAUAGUAGCGUGCCUGCAAGGGAUAAAAUUGCUAAGCUUCCAUGUUUUACACUGUAUAUCAUAUCAUGCCUGUAAGGGUGCAAGUUGUUUAGCAUUCAUAUUAUACACUGUAUACAAGAACAUAGCAUUACCAGUAGAGGAAAACUUGUUUUAUCUACCAUGUCAUUCACUGUAUAUUGUAUUAUUCUUCCAUAUCCUACAUUUUAUAUCCGGAAUAAGGAGGAUGUAAAUCCCCAAUUGUUGCUGAACUACAAGUCCCAUACUUCCCCAACCUUAUCUGUCAUAAAUUAAACAUAGAAUAAUGCAGUCAAAAUUUAUGUACACAAGAAAAUAAUUAAAAAAUAAUGGCUUUUUUCCUUUUAAAAAGCAUAACACGUGUAUAAUAAACCAAACUAAGUGCUUAAUGGCAACUCCCUUACACCCUGAACUAAGUGUCUGAUAUUCCUUCCCUCGUACAGAACACCCAGAACAAGGAAGCUGCCAACAAGCUCAUCCAGUCGCUGGACGCAGACGAGGACGGGAAGAUCAGUUUUGAUGAGUACUGGACUCUGAUUGGAGAGAUUGCCAAGAAGCUGAGCACACAGAUGGCAUUGCAGUGUCAAGAAUGACACUAAAGAACGAGGAACGAUCCAUCCCUCCAUCUAACUGUGGUGGAAGCCUCCCAUAGGUCAUGGAAACACCACUUUUAUUUUCUGGUGUUCAGUCCCAUGGUGGGGCUCCAGUAUUUCAUUUUCAUUUCAGCUUUGAUUAGGUUACAUUUUUUACUUUCAUUGUUUACCCAAACUUUGUUUUGGAAGCUAUAUAUGUUACUAGAGCCAAGGAACAAGUCCUCAUAUCCGUGACCUGGUUAUGCUGGAUGAUCAGGUUACCUGUCGAACCCCUAACAAGGCUUCCUGUUUUAUUAUCACCAUUAUACUUUUUAUGUGUAAGGUGUUGAAUUGUGUUUUUAUUUAGCACUCGUGAACCAAUGGGUAAAAGCACAUUACAGCCGAUAUAUAAUAGCAUACGGGUGGAAUAUAUACGCACUGAUGAUCAACUCUUGUAAUUUGCAAUCUUAAUAAAUUGUACACAAGUUAUAAUAUGGUUAAAGAGUUAAUGUAGACCUUCAACCUUCCCAAAUCCUUACCUGGUUGGAGCUCCCUUCUUGGCUUAUAUUGUGCAAUUUUCCAUCUCCAACAACAUUUAUUUCACCACCUCCAUGAACGCCGAUGUGGCUGUUAGCUUCACAAAGUAGGGGGGAGAAUGUGAUCAUGGCACAGGUGUCUGAAAAACCAUACAGGGUAUCAGAUGAGUUCUGUAGAGAUAAGAGACAGUAUGUAACCCAUGAGGCAAUUGUUCAACUUCUGAAGCAAAAGAAAUCCUAUAAUUUGUGCUAUUUGUUUCACCAAUUCUCUUUCAGUGCACUCAUAUAUAUUAUAUAUUGUUUUUAAAAGGAUGGACAUGUCUUUUUUUUUUUUUAUUAAAUUUUUUAUUGUUAAUGUUAAAUACAGCAUAGAUGUCAAGCACAAUCUCAGCCACAGGAAAUAAUUGAUACAGUAUUAAGAGUGUACAUUUAACAAUAAAGCAUUGGUAAAGCAAAA